AGUUGUCAUGCCUUAACAAAUACUUUCGUACUCCCACUCAGCUAACAAAUAUUUUCUGUCAGUUUCUCUGUUGCUUACGAUGACUCGGUGGAGCAUGAUGGCGGCGCCCAAUGUAUCUGGGAGAUACGAAGUCUGAUUGUCGUGGUCUUGUCGAUUGGCGUCGCCGCCAACUUUGCUGUCACAAAGUCGCAGAGUCGCAGAUAACGCCGUAUUGUUGUUCUGCUUCUUUCGUAGAAGAAGGUAGUGUGUGCCGCGUAUUUCGCAAAACAUUUUAAAGAUAAACGAAUAUCUCAUUGACGAGAACACACAAAAAUCGUGUAACGAAAUUCGCAAAGUGAAUUGAAAUAAAGGUUUUCAAGUGCUAAUUAUACAUAUAUUUAUAUAAAAUAUUGAAAUUAAAAUGUAAAGUCAAAAGUCAGCAAGGGCAUUGAUUACUUUGGAAAUAGCAAAAUAGUUAUAUGUUCGUAAAUACGUAACAUUAUCGGCGAAUUGUGAAGUGACGUGCAUAGUAAACACGUUCAUAUGUAUUCGCAAGUACAGAAUAUGCUGAAGUUUAAACUACAUACUUAUGUUAAAAGUGGAUGAAAUAAUAUAUAGAAAAAUGUGAUAACUAAAAUUUUGCGAAAAAUAUAUGUAUAGUAGGCAAAGGAAAAUCUUUGGCAAGUUUUUACAUAUGUAUGUAUGCACAUAAGUGCCAGACGUUUUUACAUACUUAUGCGCCGUCGGAAACAAACACAAAUGCGACAAUAAAUAAAUAAAAUAAAAACACCAAGAGCAAUUGCAGUAUAUUUGCGUGUAUGUAUACUGGAUUAAAAAGAAAAAAAGUUUUGGAAUAUCAACCAGCAAGUUUUAGGUGCAAAAAGAAGGCCAGGGUGUUUGAAAUUGCGACUUGUUCGCCUAAUUUGUUUGUGGUGGUGUUUGUGCUUUCACCUCUUUAAGCGCCGCACCUCCCUUUCGCUGAAUGUUCUGACAGUAUUUUCGACUAGCGUCGACAAACAGACGAGACACAUGUCUGCCUCUGCGUCUCCAAUAUAUUUGCGUACAUACAUUUGUAUAUACUUUUUCUUGUAUUUCUAAUCAGAAAAACAGCAAAUAAAUAAAGCGAUUGCAACAACAACAACCACAAGACAAAGUAAAAAAGAACGAACGCAACGAAAAUUUGACUGAGAGAGCAAAACACGCGCAAGCUAGCAACGCGGCUACCGUUGCCGUCCCCAAUCGUGCCAACUUAUAAGGCAUUUAGCCGCACAGCAUCGCAGCCACUGCUUCGCUGUUUUUGGGCCCCUCAAAUCAUUCGCAUCGGUAUACAUUAUCGCGCUCUCUCGUUUGUACAACAACUGGCACAGCAGUGCUCGGAAAGAGCGAAAUAAAGGAAAGAAAAGAGGAGCAGCAGAAGUAGCAGAAUCCAGUUGGAUUUUUGACAUUUCAGCCUCAGAGCGCCACAAUUUGGUCAUCAGUCGAACGGUCAGUCGCGAGGUCGUUUGUUUAGCGCACUAUUCUGCAUGCGCAUAUUAUCUAAAUACACUCAAAGUUAUAAACUCAUACCUUUCUACUCACGCAUAUAUUUAUAUAUAUAUACAAAUGUAUGUAUGUGUGUGUAUAUGAACAUACUUAUUUAUGGAGAGGCGUCUCAGAAACAAGCAGUGAAAUGUGCAGUGAUUGUGAAUUUGCAGUGCAUGUGAAAAUAUCAUAUAAUGUUUUCAGAAAUUACUAAAAGUCAGUGUUCUAAAUAGUAAAAGCAUCCCAGUGAUAAAUGAAAAAAAUUGUAUAUUAAGUGAAAAGGUUGCUCAAAGCAACACGUAAUAAUUUAAAUAAAUAAGAAAUAAAAUAAAGUAAAAUAGAAUAAAAUACGAAAUCAAAAUAAAGACAUGAGAAUUAGAGAAAAUUUCUAAUUUCUGCUGUGCCUGUGUGUUUAAAAAUAGGCACAGUUUUUUAAUUAUUUGUUUUUAUUUAGUUGUCAGUGCUGCUUUUGAAAUUCCGUCGCUGCCAAAACCGGGCUGUUUGCAAAGUGCGCAAAGCAGCAAAUAAACGAAACUUGCAAAAGCACAGAAACGCAAGGGGUGGAAGUGAGUUUCUGUAGUAGUGAAGCGAUCUUGGUGCUGCAUCUUGCCGCUACUCUAUGGGUGAAAAGGAUUGACUACGAAAAUACCGAAAAUGCCGUCGGAAUUUUAUGCGAAAAUAAUUAAAGCAGUGAAAAAAUAGAAGUCAUUGCGAGAUAAUUUGGUUUAUAGUUUACAAUAGAAUAUAAAUAAUAGCGCUAUGAGGCACGAAAUUCAUGAAAUAAAAUAAAUAUAAUAUAGGAUUAAACUAGUGCCACUGCUUGUGCCAAAGUGUUAAAAAUAUUAAUUUAAAAAUUUUCAAGUGAAGAAAAGCGUGAGAGUCGAAUAACUCCUCACUUUCUAUUAAAAUUAAACAAAAUUAUACAGUUGUGAAAGUGUAUGACUUGAAAUUUCUCAGAUUUAAGGUAGCGCGCUGAAAUUGCUGCCUCAGCACUACCUUCGUUUGAAGGAAGUGUCCAAACACGGACAAAAAAAAGAUGACUGAGUACGUUACGCCCAAUAUACACACAGUGCUCAAAAAAUACCAGACAAGUGCACCCAAAAGUUUGCAAGGACCUGGUCAUGCAUUACCCAUUGCCGGUUGCCAGACCGGCCCCAAUUGCCCGCUUGAUGCCACUUUGACUGGCGUAAGUGGCUGCGGUGGCAACCACACAGACCUAAACGCUGCGGGCGUUCGUAAUCUUUGUUCCGGGCACCUGUCGGUGGGGAAUUUGCCAUCAAACGGUUCAAACAGUGGCAUCCACAAAAUUUCGCCUAACUGUCCGCAAAUAGUAUCAUCGCAAUCUUGCUUGAAUUCACCAAAUGCGGGGUCUGCCUUGCCAACGGUCGCACCGCUAAUUAAAAAAGAAGUGCUCAGCUCCCCCGAACCACAUGAGCUGGGUGAAAUAUUGCCAUCGCAAUCGCUGCCACUGUCACUUCCGUUGUCGAUGUCGUCACAAACAACACAACCUCAAUCCCAAACAGUUCCUUCUCAGCCUCCUGUUAGCACAGUUAAAAUCAUACCACCUCCACCACCGGAAUUGUCUCAACCCAUCUUCACUGCACCAGACACAGGCUCCGGUGUGUUAUACGAAACCCAGCUGGAAGGAAAAACAAUUGGCUGUUUCUCCCUGGGCGGAGAAAUGCGUUUGUGUCUGCCUCAGUUUCUCAACAAUGUGCUAGCCGAUUUUACACUCGAUCAAAUAAAUCGUAUAUUUGAUGAAUUGGGCAUCUACUGUUCCCAGUGUUCACCUGAUCAAUUGUUGGAAUUUAAAAAGGCAAAGAUUUUACCCACAGAUGUGAAGGCGUCCGGUUUGAUAACACGCACAGAUGCGGAGCGUUUGUGCGCAGCACUUUUACAUCGGGUAGAUCGAAAUAAUUAUAUUAGCGAUGACGACAUCCCGAAAGGUGCCAUCUCCUUCAAAGUAUAUCAUCGGUGUUUCGGAAAAUGCGAUGGUAUCUGUACACCCGAACUGUAUUCAUACACAAAGCCAACUUGCAUUAUGUGUCUGGAAUGCAAAGGAUGGUUUUCGCCACAGAAGUUUGUGGGCCAUGUGCAUCGGGAAGUCGAAAAUCGUACAUGUCAUUGGGGUUUCGACUCACGCAAUUGGCAUGACUAUCUGCAUGUGGCGUUAGAUGUGGAAAAUCGGGAAAAAUACCAGAAGAUUUUGGAUGAACUGAAGGAGGUUGAGAUCAAGGAAGCUCUAAAGGCACAAAAUGAAAUGCUCUACAUGAAACGAAAGCAUGCAUUACAUGUAGAUGAUGAAAUGCUCACAUCUCAGUUGGGACAUCCACUGUCAAAUAUGACAUCGCUGUCACACCAACAGAUGUCCAAUAUGACCGACAAACAGCGCACCGAAAUGCUUGGUAUUCCAACGAAGAAAGCGAAGGGUCUAGAAGAGGCCGCUGCCUAUCAGCUGGAAUAUCAGCACUAUCAAUCGCUUAUGUAUGCGCAUUGUGCGCAGCAGCAACGGAUGGGCUCGAUGUCGGCGUUUAGACCGUGGGCUCCGAAAUCUUUCCUACAUCCGGCUGCCACUUACAACGCUGUUACCGCAUUCUCCACACUACCCUAUUUAAGUCAAGAACCACCAGUGUUACAAAAUCCGGAAAGAGUAGUGCGUAGCACAGAUCGGGAACGUUUCGAGCGCACCUACCAGCCGAAUGUGGCUCUUGUGCCCCGCAAGUGCGUAUUGGCUAAGGAUAGGGAAAAGGAGCAGCGUGAGUACCGAGACCGAGAAAGAGAUCGCGAACGCGAACGCGUUGAACGAGAGCGCGACCAGGAGCUUUCGAGAGAACGAGAGAAACGUGAGCAACACGAGCACGAGAGGGGACGAAGAGAACGAGAAAUACAACAGAUUCGACAGCAACACUUGCUGCAGCAACAAAGUCUGCAUCAGCAACAGCAAUCCGCACAAGAACUUCAAGAACAGGCGCCUUUGACAAAUUUGUGCCCCACUGAACUGAAAAUAAAGCAAGAACGUGCCAAUACACCGAAUGAGAUGCCGCAGUCUCCACCCUGUACCAAUGCCGGUGGGGGCGACGAUGAGCCUGCCGAAUGCCGUAUAAAUAUACCGAUUGGCGAUAAUGACGCGAUUUUGCCAAUAAUAUCGCCUAUGUCUCUGACAAUGAGCCAACAACAACGAAAAAUUUUAAGCAAUAAUAAUGGUAGCAGUAAUAGUAAUAGUAACAGCAAUAGUAAUAGCAACAGUUGUCAUAGUGAUGUAGACGCUAUGCAUCAGCUACAGCAGCAACUUCAAGAGCAGCAGCAGCAAUUGCAACCUCGACGACAUUCGCUCUAUACCUCAAACUCUUCAGCUAGUUCAACAUCGUCAACGGCAUCUACGACGCCUCCACAGCAACAACUACUGCCUGCUCACCUGCCUGCUUCGAAACAAUAUCAACAAGAACACAGGCAUGUUCAAACAUUACCACAAUCGGAGCAGCAAACCCGUCUAGCACAAUCGCCACGCACGUGCCCUCUAUCUCCGACCGAUUCGCACAGUUCUCAAGAAUUUUCGGGAUCGAACGAGAUCACCUCAUCCACAUCACCUGCCCCUUGCAACGAUAGCAAACACAUUAGUGGUGACCGUGGACAACGCUUUCUUCAUAGUCGAGAAACUGGCCGAGAUCCACAAAAUCAGCCGCUUAUUGCUACUGUGAAUCAGCAUGCCAAGCUUCUGCCAACACCAAUAACUGCAAACUUUACUGCCAGCAACAAUAUUAACCACAACGAAUUGCACAGCCGAAUUCGGAUAAGCAAAAACUUAAUCAAUCGAUCGAAUAUUAUUCGAUCGCCAACACCUCCGCCAUCACUACCUCCAACAGCUGCACUGUCCCAACUCCAUACGCAACAAGAGCCAAAUCACACUUCACAACAACAACAACAACAACAGCAGCUGCAACCCCAAAUGCAAGUAUUGCAACAUCAUCAGCAACAUUAUGAAUUUUAUAAGCACAAUCAGCGCGCUUACGAUCAACAACGUCAGCAGCAACAACAGCAACCUCUAUCAACAAUACAACAACAACAUCUCCUCAUCCGCUCCCAACAAAAUGUCCAUCAUGUAAAACAUUCGCCUUCACAGUCUUCUACCACAACAGGGCUAAAUUUGAGCACCCAUUCCACGAAAGUUGCACAAAAUCGGCAGGAAUCCCAACUACAACACUCGUACAAUGGACUGCCUUACGUCGGUUCCGAAUUCGAGCUGUCCACUGACACAGACGACGACAGUGUAAAUGGAGAGGCGGAUAGCAGCAAUAUUUUAUCACCUUGGGAUAUGGCAGUUGAAGCACUUCGUGACACUGGGCCCAAAGAACGAGAUCGUGUACUCGGCCUACUUCGAAAAGUGUUACACGAAAACCAACAAAUACGUUACAGCAAUCUUCAGCUCAGCGAAAUAAUACAUAAACGUGAUACAAUGAUUAGAGAACUUCGAGAACAACUUCAGACUUGUCGACACCACUUACAGAUUCUCAGUUUACAAGAACCUCCCAUUCAGUCGAAUGGUUUGGACAAUAGAGACGGGUUUCAAGAUGAAAAAGUUCGCAGCUUACCACUGAAAAAAUCAUCAUCGAUCAAAGGAGAGAACGAUUUUGUAAACACCAGUAUAACUAAAGAAACUGUCGAUGGCAAUAACGGUAAUAAGUCGGGAAAUGAUCAAUUCAGCGACAGCGAAGAUGAAAAAGAAGUUCCUUGCAACAGUAAGGAAAGCGAUUAUGAUGACGAUAAUGGGAGUGAUAAAGAAAGUGAGAAGGCCGAUAAUGCUGUUAAUACCGUUGAUCAUAUCCGAAGUAGCGUAGACAUUGAAGAAAAUGUGGAUGAGCCAGCGAACAGCAAAACUGAUGUGAAUGAAAGUGAUAUAGGUACACAGCCGCAACCGAAGCGUUCUAGAAUCGAAAGUGGCAGUGAAAGCAAUGACAGCUUAAACCACACGUAUGCAGCAAACACAGAUACUCCAUGCCAUUUAGUUGAACAUACAUCACAAGGAAAUAGUCAUGAUCCUAACAUCGAUUCGGAAGAUGAAGCUUUGUUAGCUAAUGAAUUGUCUGAUUAUGGCACCAAGUGCUCAAAAAAUAAAAACAAAGCUUACACGCAGAUGAGCGAUCCUGAUAUGGGUGAUGACGAUGCGGAUACUAACCGUUUUACUGUUACAAAUGCUAGCGGCAGUGAUACAAACUCUUCCGAUGAUGACGGAGACGAAAUCAACGUGCCCUUAAUGAGCUCACAUACGGUAGAGAAAGACGUUCAGGCGCCUCACAGUAGCUCCCUGGGGAUAUUACCAACAGCAAAUACGCCACUGUCGCCUCAUUCUGCCGCAACCGCUGGACAGUUGUUCGACAGCAGCAGCAGCAGUGAUGAAUUAUCUAUGAAGAAAGCGCAAAUGUCAGCCUCUGACGCCCUUGCGAAAAUAUCCGAAUCUGCGGACGAUGGGGACGAGCUGACAAAAGUAAAAGAAAAGACAAGGUUCAACGAAGUUGACAAACAUUUUCAGGAAGAUCAAGAUAGCGCCGGCGCUAAACUGAAAACUAGUGAGAACCGUGUAAAUGUAAAAUCAGGUACAUUAAGCAUUAAAAAAGAGCAGAAUUGUGCUCGCGGCGGAAGACUUAUUAGCAAAUCUAGUUUGACGUCCGGGAAGUCGCUUGAAGUCCAUAAGACUACAAAAUUAGGCGAUGAAAAGUUCAUCGUGAAUGUUAAGGUCAACAACAACAACGACAUAUGUAACGAUCAGGUGACCCGAACACCUCUCGCCACAAAGGCUAGCAAAAAAGAAACACCAACAACAAACACCGAAUUAUGGGUCAAAGAGGAGAUAAUAUAACCGUUGCAGUGCAAUAAGACUGAUAGUCGGCGCGUUCGAAGGAUCUACCAUAGAGUACAUUAAACCAGGCCAAUACGAUGGGCUGAGUUGAGAUGAGUUCUGAGCUCUUUUUGCAUGUGCUAAUGUGAGAAUACAUUUGCAGUACAAGUGCAAAUACAUACAUAUGAGUUUGUAUGUAUGUUACAUAUUUACACACCCUUAUUCUGCUUCGCUUGUGAACAGUACAAUUAAACAAUUGUAAUGUAAAUACUCCAAAUACUCACAUAUGGAAGUGCUUCUCUUUUAAUUGAAUUUCACCUUCUAUGUAGCAGCUUGCAUGCUAAAAGCUUUAAAGCUUGUCACAAGCUCACAAAUCAAGAAGUAAGCUUUAAAGGAUUUGUAUGCGCUUCAGCUUGAUUUUAAUGUAUUUCACAAAAACGGUGAAAAGAACUUACUGUUGACAAUUUCCUUAAUUUAACACAUGCAGUGUUUGUGGCAUAUUCAAAUAUUUAAAAUAUAUGGACCGAUUACAUUCGUUAAGGACUUCUGUGUCCUUUUUUCGUCACACUGCUAAGAAAUUGUUGGGAAAUAGUUAAAUGACAAAAACUUAAUGCAAUCAUUUAGAUUCUAAGCAUGAGGAAAGUCAGCGGGAACACAAUGGAAUAAUGUGUACUCACAUUGUACACAUAAUUUGUUUUAAUAUCAGUGGUUUUCAAUAAGUAUUUACAUUUUCCAAAAAUUAAAUUAAAUUAAAAAAUUCUAGUUCUUCGCUAUCUCAUGUGAGCCAUUUUAAUUUUUUUCUUAAAACCUGUUUAUUGUUUGUAAUUUCCCCGUAUUACGAGCACCGUCUCCUAGUAAUUUUCCUUUAUUUUUGAAAAUAACUAUUCUGUAAUUUUUUGUUAGUCUGUUUAAAGAGCAAAAAAUGCAUACAAAUAUGUAUAUAAGUAUCUAUAUAAAUAUAUUUACUGAAACCAAAGCUUUAAAAGGAAUUCAAACAAAAAAGAAAAUUAUUUAAAAAACCUAUGUACAUACAUAUACAUGUAUAUUUUAAAUAUGAAUUCAAUAUUUGUAAGUAGCGCUUUUGUUCAUUUAGUUUGUACAUACAUACAUAUGUAUAUGAAUAGCAAUGUUAUUCAAUAAAAAUAUAUUUAGAACCAUAAAGCACACUAAGUAAAUGCUAUGCACACAUUCAUACAUACAUACAUACGUAGGUACGCUUACUUGCUACUGUUUUCCAAUAUCUCCUGCUCUAUUUGAGUUCAAUAGGCACGCAUAGCAAUUUACAUUGGAUUUUCACCAUUUUUGUAUGAAUUUUCUUCUUUUUAAAAUUGUUGAAAAUUAAUACGGAUAUGCUCUAUGCUGUUGUACACUUAGCCCUAGAAUUGUUAAAUAUUGAUUAAAAAUGUUAGGUAGAUAUGAUUCUGCUUACAUGAAUAACAUGAACGUAUUUAUAGUAUAUUCGUAUAACCUAUAUUUGUUUAUUGUGUUUGAAACGAAAACAAGCCAGAUAAGCCCACCAGUUAAAAUAUAAAUCAGUUUUGAGGAAGAACGCAUGUAUCUAUAAUCAAUUAGUGUGGAUAUAUUUUUUAUUAAUUGAAAAAUCAAGUAACAGACACAAGCAAACAGAAAUGUAUGUGUUUAGUGCAGACAUAUACAUAUGUACAUACAUAUGUAUGUAUAUGUUAACUCAUAGUUAUGUUACUCAUAAUAUACAUAUGUACAUACAUACAAACAUAUAGAAUUAUUUCUAAUUAGAGAUAUACAUAUGUGCAAAGAACUCAUUCAGUUCGUUUGACAUUAUUUAAUUGUACAAAAAUUGCUAAUAUUUUUAUUUAAUUUUAUUUAGUAUUGUUUAUAAUAUUUAUUUUAGCAUUAGCACGCUAAUAACCAUAUCUACGAUUCUGCCUUCCUUUUUUGUGUCUAUUUAGUCACUCUAUCGUUUUUUUAUUGUUAUACAUAUUUUUCAAAAAUAUUUUGUUGUCUUUUAAUAUUCGGACCAAAUUAGAAUUAAAUUUCAAUAAACUUGGAACAAUUCGUGUGAUUUUGUUUUGUUAAAAAAGCAAAGAAAAACAAAAACCAAUUUGUAAAGAUUUCUAAAAUCAAAUAAGUUUGUUAAUAACAAUUAAGUAGUGAAAUAAUAUCAGCCAUUUAAGUUAAUGAAAUAAUAUAAUAAUAAUAAUAACAAUAACAAUAUUAACAACAAUACCAAAAAGGUGCAUAAUUACAAUUGCGUACAAGUUCUGCUGUCGGAGUUGAAUUACUCCAACUCCGAUGAGGAUUUAUGUAGAAUAGCACAACCAACAUAACCUUUAAAGAUUAAGAUUGAAUAGGUUAUCCUUGUGUAAUUUUGUACAUCAUUAAAACGCAAACAGAAAAAUACUUAAGUAUCCAAAAUAUCUACUAUAAUACAUACACAUAAAAGUUUUGAAAAUUAAUUAUCUAUAGUCGGCUUGACUGUAAACAUAUUGUAUGUAGGUACGAAAAACAACACAAAAAAAAAACAAAAACAAUAAGAUUACAUUACAUUGAAAAGAUGAAUGAUGACAGUUAAGAAUUUGUGUUACUGUAAGCUUAAAAAGAAAUUUCAAAUUUACUGAAAAUAAAACUACAAUUAUUUGUAAUAAGUUGCGUGUUUUAUUUUGUUUUGCCAAAAAGUCGACGGUCACAAUUUUUCAUGUUCAAAAAAGACGAAAGACACCUUUAGCAAUAAAGAGAUCGAACUUCGAAAUAUAAUUUGAAUAUUUCACUUUUUAUUAUAAAGGGAUAUGAUUAACUUUGGACCAAAAACAAACAAAUGCAUUAUAGUAAAGUGUUUCGCGCCUAAACUUGGAUUCGGUGUUAGCGCUAAUCUAAUUCUCUUUAUUGCUUUAAGUGAACUACAUGUUAUAUUUGAGGAAAUUCUUUUGUUUUCAAGGAUAUACAUAUACACAGAUUUGUAUAGAUAAGUACGCACAUACAAAUACAUACAUACAUAUGUAGUAGGGAAGGCGGCGCGUUGACGGUUUGUUAAAAAGCUAUGUGUACAGCUAUGUGUGUAUAUGAUAGAAUGUUUGUAUAUAUGUAUUAGAAAUACAGAAAAAAUAUUUUUACUUUUAUUGACACUUCGUUUUAUAAGGCAUCAUUGUUAAUCCUUUAUGUACAGCUCCAAUCAAUAAACAAAAGAACCGAUGCAAUAAAGCCAAUCAUUGAAGAGUUGUUAAAUCUGGUUACAUUUACUUAAAAAUAUAUAUAUAUAUAUGUAUACACAACAUACUCGUUAUGGAGAGUCGGUGGAAUGUGUUUAAGUAAAUGCACUUGAUGCGAAAAUGAGUAUUGACCGCAUAAUUCUCCAUGACAUUUUUAUAAACAAACUUACUGACAUUUAGUACCGUAAUUUUUAUACGCUCGAAAGCGAAUUUCUAUGAUCAAAAAGCAAAUUGUUAGAUUGAAACCUUUAUAGAUUAAAUAUUGCUACAAUCGUUUAAUGUAACACUUAAGUAAAUGAAAUGCCAAAGACCUCUCAACAACAAAACAAACCAGGAGAACUGGGUAUUAAAAUACAUACAUACAUAAGUAUAAAUAAAUAAAUAAAAAAUAUGGAAAACAAUAAUCAUUAUUUUUAUUUUCUAAAUAUUAAUAUGAAAAAAACAGAUAACAUUGUCGAGUAGCAAUGUGUUCACUAUAAUAUUCGCAUCGCAUAACUACUCCUUAAUCAACAAUUUUUAAAGCAAGAAGUGUACAAAUACUCUGAUAAUUAAUCAAAGAACUAUAACCAAACAAUAAAGAAUUUAAGAACAUACAUACAUACAUAUAAUGAAGCGGAUUAGUAAAAAGUGACAAAAAUAUAUAAAUGAUUUAUCUUCAACGUUAAACAGUUUCAUAUUACGUAGUGAAUUAUAUAUUAUACAUGCAUACAUACAUACAUAUAUCACCACAUGAAAAUAAACGAACGGAAACUUAAUAUACAAAGUACAUGCAUACAUAAAUCGAUAAACAAUCCCCGUGUGACGAUUCAGAGUAGAAUGUUAAGAUAUUUCAUAAUAAUAUACGAGUACUUAAUAAGGAUAUGAAUUUUUGAAAUGUACAAGACAAUGAUACAACCAAUAAAUAAAUAAAUAAUAAAGAGUAUUAAAAUUUGAAAAUAAGUGUAAUUUGUGUUUCCAUUUGACGUGGACGAACUCUUCCUCUACACAUUGCCUAUACAGAGUUUAAAUUUCGAAUUUUAUUUUAUUUUUAAAGACAAAUCAACCUUUUAUUUGAAUAUGUCAACACAUUUUUAUUUAAUUUUCAACAUUGAAGAUCGUUGAACUAUGUUAAAUAUACAAAAUACGCCUAUGAGAGUACGUUGUACCCAUUGCUUAUGGUAUAAUAUGUAACUUAAAUAACUACAGACAUUAUAAAUCGAAACUACAUUAGGUGUGUUGGACAGAGAAAACUUCUCAUUAAUUGUAAAGAAAUAGCAUAUAUUGUGGCUUACAUAAUUCGGAAUGCUAAUUUAGUUAUGCAUUCAAUACGCAAUAAAAGGGUUAGUGAAUGAUAAAUUGUGCAGAUUUUAUGUUUUUCAUUUGCGAGAAAGUAAGUAAAUAUGUUUCACAACAAAUGACACAAUCCAUUUUUAUGACAUCUAAAAGUAUUCUAUAUUAAUUACGACAAAUAUGUGUAUCUUUAGUUGCAAUAACUUCCAUUACCAGUGCACCGUUCAAUAUACAAAGUACACGUGUAUGUGUGUGUGUACCUACAAUCGCGCUUAUUUUCAUAACUAAUAAUUGAACAAUUAUACUUAGAAGUCAUACAAACGAGUUCACAAUCUUAUGCAAAUCUAUAUUUAAUGGGGUCUGUGUACAUAAGGCACAAGACGCUUUCCUGAUAAGUUGUGCUGUAAUCAUUAUUAACUGUUUUAUGUACAUAUGUAUAUUAAUUGUAUUUUUGUUUUUGUAAUUCGUAUCUUAUAUUUCCUCAAUCCGAUUUCCAGAUACA